AUCUGAAAGAUAAUUGGAGUAACGUUUAAUUGAUCCAGUAUGUUCUUGAAAAGAAGGAAAAUUAUUUUUAAGAAGAAUUAAAAUCCCAGCUUUUUCCUUGCUUGUUUUUGACUUGGAUAUAAGUCUCAUGAUGGUUUGUUCUGUAUCAUUGCUCUUGACUUACACAAGAGAGAAGAAAAUUAUUUUCAUAUUAACUAGAUCUACUGUUCAAUUGGUCACCAAAGUUUUUAGUUGAGAAGUGUUUUUAAUCUGAAAUGAUAGGCAGAAAUACACUGGUUGUAUGGUGAAGGUGUGAUUUUUUUUUUUUUUUUUUUUUUGGUUGGUUGGUUUUUGACUCAUGGCAAUCCUUUAGUAUGGAUUUAGUAUGAUAGCCAUCAUCUUCUAAAGCUGUAAAAUCUUUAGCUGGGUUUAUAUCACUUGCCCUAAGGUUUUAGCUGGCAGGAUGCAGGUAGGGAACUAGAUUUUCUGAGUUUUCACGCCUCCAGUUGAAUAAAGUUACAUGUCUUAUGUACGCAGGUUUUUUUUAAUCGUUUCCUCUAGCAGAGUAGAGGAUGUUAAUGUCCUCGGCCGGGAAUUCUAGUUGCUGUAGCUCAUUGCCUGAUUUGCCUUGCCUCUCUCAGCUUUCUGUCGUGUGAGAUGUGCUUGAUGCCAAUAUGCUUAAAAGGACACAGUAUAUCUUGUAAAAAAUAAUUUUCCCACUACAAUCUUAUAAUUGGCUUUGGAAGAGCUUUACUAGGAGUGGCUUGGCCUUUCAACUUGAAGAUGAAAACCUAUUGAAAAAUAUAGCCCUUCUUAUGAGUAGAAUAUAAUUGCUUGGAAAGGCAGAAAGAGCAAGCGAUGAGCACCAGUAGAAAUGAGCAUCAGAUUGAUUGAUUGAAGAUUAACUGUCUUAUGUGACUUCAAAAAAUUAAGAAGCCAAAACUGGAAUUUGUUCCUCAGCCAAACUUUGAUGUUCUGUAGAGCCACUGCUUUUAUUGAAUUGGCUUGCCCCUCAGCAAACAGGUGGUUCCCAAAGCAAACUAGAUAUAGGCACAUUAAAGCAUGAUUGAAAAAUUUCAGGUUUAGGCAAGUGAAAUACCUCAAGCUUAUUUGAUAUUUGCAGACUGCCCAGAAUUCCUGUUGAUUAUAGUCCUUUAAAAUGAUGGUAUUACAUGAGAGCGCUCAGAGUGCCUGUUCAUUGAAUGGUACUUCAUCUUGUUCAGCCAGUUAGAGAAUGCAUUCCUCCAAAAAUGCAUGCAGGUAAGUAAUCCUUAUAACCACAACAUAUAUUUUUAAUUUGUUGUGAAAAGGUAUGUGAUAACUCAAUUGUCAUGCUUUCUAAGGGGAAAAAGUCUCUUCCUUCUUGUUUAAAGCUGGCUGAGGGAAGGAGAAAAGCAGAUGUCUUGCCUUUAAUGAAGUGUUUUAACUUUUCUGUAGAGAAAGUGGAUGAUUUUCUGAUGCGUAAACCGGGCUUUCUUUCCUACUAAGAUUUUUUUAAUACUGUUUAUCAGCUGAAGUUGUAUGUGUUUGAAUCUGAAUUUAAUUUUGAUCUAUUUAAUACCAAUGAAAAGGAAAAGAAUUUAUUUGUUUUAACUUUAUAAAUUAAAACACACUGAAAGGCAUUUGGGCAAUCUUACGUGUGGUUUAAAAGUACUGUGCAGGCUUUACUUCAGGUUAGUGGUAAGGAAUGGCCUGUCCCGCAGUAGCUCCCCGGGCCUGGCUGCGGGGCUGGGAGGCAGCACCUUCGGCUGGCAGAGCCUCUCUUAAAGCUCGGAGGGACUCCGAAGGGAUCCUGCCAAUACUUGGACAUAAAAAGGCAUUUUAUAUGGCCUGGAAUGCUUUUAAACAUUUGAUUUGUGUUUCUGUGCAUCAGUGAGUUAAUAGAUGUUGGUAGAAGCACCAGGCUGAGGUAUAAAUCCUUUUCCCUCUGCUAGAAGAACAUUGCUGCUAUUGCAGAUACACAACAAUAUUUGAUGUUCUUAUGUCCUAGGCAGUUGUGCUAGUGUUAUCUUGGGACAAGGACCAGAGCAAGCAUUUGGUCUGUGUAUGCUGGGCCGUUUGUUGUCCUAUGCCGGGCGGUGCUGUAGGGGAGCAACACUUCUGUGUUCUGGGGAGGGAAAGAAAGCCCUGAAGUUCUUGUUACAGGUCCAUGAGAGAGAUGCCCAUGGGCCAGUAAGGCACACUGAGGUUCUGCAAGGACGAGACACCAAAGGGGAGCUGCCUGUUGGUAACAGCAGCAGGACGGAAGGGUGGAAGCCUCCCCAAGUCCCUGCCCAGCGCUUCUCCCUGGCCCAACACCGAGCGCUCCGUACCCCAGAGCAGGACACGUCAGGCACGUGUGCCAGAGCCCAUCGAAGCUGGACCAUGACAUCAGUUUGCUCGUGCUUAAAGCUUCCCUGUGCUCCCAUCUGGUCCUGGAUUCUGCUAAGGGGAAUGAACAGCUCUGCUGGCUUACCCUUAAACUGGUAUUCAUGCAGGCAGCCCCUCUCUCUUGUUGCCUGCAGCUUUAGGGGAGGAAGGUCUUGGUAACCCCCUAAUUAACACAAGCCUGCCCAAGCGGUGCUUACUGGGACUGAGUGUGCCGUGAUUAAAAUACGAAGGGACUAAAUAAGGCAUGGGUAAAGAGGGAGCAGAAACUUGGUAGGAAGGUGGCCUAAUAAGUGGAUGGCAAUUAAAAACCAUCACUGACCAGUACUGGAAUUUGAGGCAAUCACCUGAAGCACAUCCAUGCCCUUGCAGUGUGCCGUGGGGUGACAGCGGGGACUCUCUUGCACCAGCCUGGCACCUUGGCUGAGGAGCCUUCUCAUGAAGGAGGUGGCAGCAGGGACAUGGCUAAGGGUGCUCCAGGGCCCUCAGUUGUUGGGCUGGAGAAGGCCAAAAUGUCCCGGUGGUCACAAGAGGGCGGCAUGACCUUGCAGUCCCUCAGAGCUUGGCUUUUUUCUCUCUUUUUCUCCCCUUGGUUUUUUCUGUUCCAUCGGAGGGGAGCUAGGAUGCAGCAGCCUGUUGUUUUGUGUCCUGUUGAGGCUGCUUGCAGGCAGCCUUGGGGAGGUGAGUUCUGAGCUUCCAACCGUGGCUGUCACCGACGACGUGGGAGGAGGCUCGUACCGUUGUGCCUGACCUACUCAUGCUAUAGGGUCUCUGCAUUUUCUGUAAUAUUUAUGCAAUUUUGAGCAAGAAGAUUACUUUCAUUCAACAAGGAGCAUUUUUUUUAAAAAGCCUAUUUACUAUGGCAGUGGGGAAAUGAUUAAGCAUGUCUUUUAUCCUCCCCAAGAUGAUAAUGAUCAAGAUACAAAUUAGAGUAAGUUCACUUAGAGUUGUGCAUAGGAAAUCAUUAAGACUUUCUGGAUUAUUUCCAUCUAUUAGUCAAUUAAUGUGUUUAUGCUCUGAAGCGUACCAUCCUCUUGCACUUCUGCAUAUCAUGGAGCAAUUGCUCAAUGCAAUUUCUUUAACCCUUGCCCAAGUUAUUGGUGGGUGGAAAGCUGAGCAGAUUUUAAGGUUUUGUACAGUCAGAGUCACGGCUUACUAGAGGCUUAACAUUUUAAAAUUGGUCUUACAUAAGUGCAUAGCAAAUUUUAAGACAGUCUUGCUUUUGGAGUGAUGCUAAUGUAAUCUAAGUAGCUUGCCUUGCACAUUAGUAAAAGAGAUGUUAUCAAGGGUCACAAAAGGGUCAAAAAACUUGACCUUUUUGCAGAAGCGGUGUUUUGCAGUCUGUUUAGCUUUGCUCUUGGAAGCAAAAUUGUUGCACCUGAAAGAACUGGUCUGAGACCAUCCUGGUUUGUCAGCAGUUUGCACGUUGUCCAUUGCUGACACUUACUGAGCAGAUGGGUUGUUGCUUCCUCCUCCUUUUGAUAGUCUGCGUGAAGUUCCCUGUCAUUGGUGUAAGGGGGAGGACACUUAGCAAAAAGGAGAGAGUACUUAAACACAAGUGCAGACUGACUAGUAAUGAGGGACUUAAAAAUACUAAGAUUUGCCGGUGACUACAGUGAUGUGUUUUCUGUGGGUUUUGGGUUUAUUUUCUGGAAAGUUUGUGUAUCAUUAACGUUUGUCAAAAUUAACUUUUUUUGCAAGGUUACUAUAGACAAAAUUACUUCACUCUUUAAUGUAAUCUUUCAGAAUUGUAAGUAAUUUAAAGUCAGAAAAUCCCAUUUGUUAAUCAGACUCUUCUGAGUACACCUCUUCAGUCGAUCAGAUAAUCUGAAAUGUUGCCCUCCCUCACCCAUGUUCCUUUUCCAGCCCUCCGCUGGGAGGGAGCAACCUUUGCUUUCUCACGCCCAAAGGUCCCGGCGUAAGAGGGACCUGCCCUCUUCCCGUGCUGCGGGGAUACAGGUGCACUGUGCACCUUCCUCCUCACACGCAAACUGCAGCAGAGGGGGAAAACUGAGGCAGCCCAAGCCCCUCGCCCCUGGACCACCCUGCUUGGCCAGGGAAGGCUGAGCCCACCUGCAGGGUGCUGUGCAGCUGGGCUGCCCCGGGAAGGAGGAGGAGACCCCAGCUCUGCUGCAGGGAAGGGGGGGAUCUUCCACCAGCAAAAGGCACUUGAUGCAGCCGGGCUGAGCAGGGCUGGAACAUCCUACCUCCCUCAGCUUGACAGCCGCAACCGGGUAGUAGUGCCCAGGCAGCGCAGGGUGGCAAGUGAAGUCCCUUAGCAGCAGCUCUGGGGUACCUUCUGCACCCCCAGAAGCUGGAGGCUGCAGUUUUACCAACACAUUGUUUAAGAUUUUGUUUCUUUGUUUUGUUGUGGGUUUUUUCGCUUCCAACUAAUGUGUCCAAAUGUUCUGAAAUGCAAAUUCACGGUGCAGAAAUGAAGGGUGGUGGGUUUUGUUUUGCUUUCCUCUCUAGAGAGACAAGCCCUUGCUCUCAGACAGGGCCAGCUCACAACCUGGGGAAAGUUGAAAGGCUGCACUCUGAACCCUCCCAUGGGAAAGCAGUGGGGCCGGGAUCCCUGGGCUCUCCAGGCUGGCAGGAGCAGACACAGCUGAAAUCCUCUCUUGAGACGCUGGUGCUGGGGGGGUCUGUGCUUGCCAUGUGCCUGGGGAUAGGUGACUGAUGAAAUGGCUGCAGAGGCUGGAAGUCAAGUCGGAGACUGCUAAAUCUUCAUGUCAUUCAUACUCAGCCCAGAGGCAAGGCUGUGAGCCCGGACUGUGCGUGCAGAGGUUUUGCUCUUUGGGGUGCUCGCUUGCCCUGGGAGCGUGGCGGGGUGAGCCUUUCUGCAGGCAGCAAGGGGAGCUGGCCGGGGCAUGCUGCAGUGAGCAAAGCAGUUUUCCCUGUAUUGGGCGGUGGUUUCUGUCCAUGGACAAUGGAGGCAAGGAGUGUUGAAUGCCGAGCAAAGCCACCUCCAUCUCCAGGCCAGUGGGAUGAGCUUCUGACCUGGCGCUCUUCAGUUGAUGAGGAAGGUGUCUAUGGCUUCUUCUGUCCAACAAGCAGCGAGCGCAGUCCUGAGGAUGAGCCUGACUAUGCUUCGAUAGACAAUGACUCCUUGUGCUCUCUGGGUGGAUCUUUCCCCAGGAGAACCUGGGGGCACCAUCCAAGGUUUAUCAGCCUCGUGGAGAAUUGUGCAGGGCACAGAGGGGAUGCUCCAAGCAAGAGUAAAUUUUUCAGCAGUGGUGAAGCAUUGGCCUUUGAUGAACUUUCUCAGACAAAGCAUGGGUAUGUGCUCGAGCAGAGUGAAGCACAUCCAGUGCAGCAGCUCAAGGUUCUCCGGGCAGACCUGGGGAGAGACCACAACAUCCCAGACUGGGAGGAAGAUGAGGAUAAUGCCUUGUCUCUGUCUCCUGGGGAAAUGAAGACAUGGCCCAACUGGCUGUGUUUCACGUUGCUGGAAGAUAAAAAAGAUGCAGAAAUCGAAGCCAAGAAAGCUUGUGACUGGCUGCGAGCGGCGGGAUUCCCUCAGUAUGCCCAGCUUUACGAAGACUCGUUGUUCCCUCUCGACAUCAGCGCUGUGAAGAAGGACCACAGCUUCCUGGACCAGGACUCCCUCAAAUCCCUGUGCAGGAGGCUGAUGACCCUGAACACAUGUGCCUCCAUGAAGCUGGAAGUUCACUUUCAGCGUAAACAGAAUGAAGACUCCGAGGAGGAAGACCUGUGUGCCAUCAGUGACCGGUGGGCUUUUCAGAGGGACAGCAAGAGGUGGUCCCGGGUGGGGUCGGUCGACGUCCUCUCCCAGGGCUCUGAGGUCCUGAGCUCCACCAUGCGGCUGGCGUCCAGCCAUGAGAGCGUCCUCACGGAUCUCAGCACCAACCCAGAGGCCGCGUCCCUGCACAGCGCGGGCAGCACUGGCGGCACGCUGGGCAUCGGGGCCGCGCCGCCCGACCCCCCGUCCCCCAUCCGUGCCGCCACCGCCACCAUCGCCGCCUCCAGCCGCAGCUUGAGUGAGCGCUCCUUGCCAGAGCAGCCCUCGAGCCGCAGUGAGGGCUCCAAGGAGAAGCCGAAGAAGCGACGGUCUCGCAGCUUCCUGAAGAGGAUCGAGUCCCUCCGAAGGAAGGACAAAGAGAAAGCCAGCCCAGAAGAGAAGGUGGCCCCACACGGCAGCAUUGCAGCCACUCCAGGAUGGGGCUCCCUGAAGAGUAACGGGGACCUUGCAGCCACCAAGGGCAACUCCUCUAAAAGAGGGAUAUCCGCCUCUUUCCAUGGCAAAAAACACUUCUUCUCGGUAUCGUACAGGACUAACCGCCUGCUAGGGUCAGGUGGGAGCAAGGUGAGCUCUAACCCAAAACGCAGCGGAGUCUACCUGGAGGACUAUGAAACGGCCGUCACAGGCGGGGGCGACUGGGCUGCUGGAGAGUGCCAGCACCGGCAGGCGCGCCGGGGGGACUGCUUGGUCUACAUCCCCCGGGACCACAAGCCGGGCACCUUCCCCAAAUCCCUCUCCAUCGAGAGCUUGUGUCCCUUGGGCAGCAGCUCCCUGACCCACUGGAAAUCGGGGAACGCACCCGUCGGGCUGGUGGGAGGCGGCGGGGGCGGCAGCAGCAGCAGCGUGGAGGGCUCGUCCUCCCCGCGGGGCUUCGCCUGCCGCCCCCGGCGGGGCUCCUGCAGCUCCCUGGGCAGCCGGGUCAGCGUGUACGACAACGUGCCGGAGUUCGGCAGCAGCGAGGAUUUCUGCAAGGAUGGGGAGGUGACUUACGAGAACCUCGACGACAUACUGCAGCACAUGUGGGGGCUGCAGCAGAAGGUGGAGCUCUGGUAUAAAGCCAUCUCCCCCGACCUGGCUGGGGAGGAGGGGGGCGAGGAGGAGGAAGAGGAGGAGGAGGAGUCGGACUCGGGAGGGGAACCCUCCAACCUGCACUUUGAAGAGCGGUCCAUGUCAGAUGUCGGCACCUCUGCUAGCGACUUUGACAGCACGGGCAACUCCCUCAACGAGGCCGAAGAGACCGAGAUGCGGGAGCGCCGGGACUCGGGGGUGGGAGCAUCGCUCACCAGGCCCUGCAGAAAGCUGCGUUGGCACAGUUUCCAGAACUCGCACCGGCCCAGCCUGAACUCUGCCUCCCUGGAGAUCAACCGCCAGUCCUCUGCCCAGCUCAACCUGCUCCAGAAGUGCUCCCUGCUCCGUCUCACGGCUAUCAUGGAGAAGUACUCUGUGCCCCACAAGCAAGCCUGGACUUGGACUGUGCCCAAGUUCAUGAAGCGGAGUAAAGUCCCCGACUACAGGGACAAGAUGGUCUUCGGGGUGCCGCCCAUCAUCAACGUGAAGCGGACGGGGCAGCCCCUGCCGCAGAGCAUCCAGCAGGCAAUGCGCUACAUCCGCAGCCAGUGCCUGGACCAGGUUGGCAUUUUCCGAAAGUCGGGGGUGAAGUCCCGGAUUCAGGCGCUCCGGCACAUGAACGAAACCAGCCCCGACAACGUCAACUACGACGGGCAGUCGGCGUAUGAUGUGGCUGACCUGCUGAAGCAGUAUUUCCGUGACCUGCCAGAGCCCAUCUUCACCAGCAAGCUGACGGACACCUUCCUGCAGAUCUACCAGUUCGUGUCGAAGGAGCAGCGGCUGCAGGCGGUGCAGGCGGCCGUUAUCCUCAUGCCGGAUGAGAACCGGGAGGUGCUGCAGACCCUGCUCUACUUCCUGAGCGACAUUGCCUCCGCGGAGGAGAACCAGAUGACCGCCGGGAACCUGGCUGUGUGCCUGGCCCCCUCCAUCUUCCACCUCAACGUGUCCAAGAAGGAAAGCACCUCGCCAAGGGUGAUACAUAAGAGGGGCACCAUGGGGAAGCCUGACCAGAAGGACCUCAACGAGAACAUGGCUGCGACGCAGGGGCUCUCCCACAUGAUCACCGACUGCAAGAAGCUCUUCCAGGUCUCCCACGACAUCUUGCUGCAGCUGAGCAGCUCCUAUAUGGCAGCAGAUGCGUAUCCCCAUCCCCUGACUGACUUACUGUGUCAGGGGGAAAACAAGGAUUUACACUCCUACUUCGAGCAGAGUGUCCAGAACCUGCUCAAAGAGUCAUCAGAGAAAUUCAAGGGGUGGCUGAGCACGCCAGGACCCUUAAACACGGAGCUCUCCUGCAAAAAGGUUGGGGACGGGCACCCUCUGCGCUUGUGGAAGGUCUCCACGGAUGUCGAGGCUCCUCCUGCCAUGGUGCUGCACCGGGUGCUUCGGGAGCGUCACCUCUGGGACGAGGACCUAUUGCAGAGCAAAGUGGUGGAGGCCCUGGACAAGAACAUGGAGGUCUACCACUACGUCACGGACAGCAUGGCACCCCACCCGCGCAGGGACUGCGUGGUGCUCCGGCGCUGGUGCACGGACCUGCCACGGGGAGCCUGCCUGCUCAUCUCCAUCUCGGUGGAGCACGACAAGCUGCCGGUGGAGGGAGGUGUCAAAGCCAUCGUGCUGACGUCCCAGUACCUCAUCGAGCCCAGCGCCAUGGGCCGCUCCAAAGUGACCCACAUCUGCAGAGCUGACCUCAGGGGCCGGUCUCCUGAGUGGUACAACAAGGUCUUUGGCCACCUCUGCGCCAUGGAGCUGGCGAGGAUCCGAGACUCUUUCCCAGCCCUGACUCCCAAUGGCCCCGAGACGAAGAUCUGAGGUGCCAGGAAGAUGCUCUAUCCUGUCUGACGUGGACUUGCCGGUGGAUCCGGGCUGGGGCUCUCGGACCCGGCCAUGAAGGGGGAGGCAGAGGCUGGCGCGCUCACAGGCACAUAUUUAUAAGCAUCCUUUUACUCUGGGCUGGGCAGUCCUUGUCCCACCGUCCCGGUUGCUGCUUCAGCCACCUCUUGCUCAAGCGUGCUGCACAGCAGGUUGUCUGCGGAGGCGAAGCUGUGCAGCCCAUGGUCUCUGCAGGAAGGGUUGGUGAGCAGAGGGAAAGAGAGGGGCUGUGGGGGUGACCCCCAGGAAGGCAGCCUGUGAGCAGGGCUGGGAAGCAGCUGGCCCAGGUUGAGCUGGGUCCCCCCGUGCAAGCCAGGAGCAGCCAUGGGGAUGAAGGUGCAUGGAGCGAAGCAGGAAGGCAUAGGAGAAGUGAGCAGGGAGGACAGUGCCGUGUCCGUAGGUCGCAGCGCUGUGUCGGGAAGUGAAGGAUGGGCAGCGAGGGGUGGAUCGUGUGUGCGGUGUCACCUGCGGGGGAACAGCCAGGGAGUCACUGUGAGAACCUGUUUGUUAGUGGAAGAGGCUGCUGUUCUGGGAGGAGGGUGGCUACACAUAGAUAGGUAUGCCUCGAGCACCAGCCCUUAUCACAUGGCAGAAAGAACCUAUUGCACCUUUGGUGCUGAAUUUCAUAGGAGAAGAAAAAGCCCUCUAGUCCUGUGCCUUGCUCUUAGCUAAAAAAAAAAGUCCUCUCUUGUGCACUAGGCUUCAGUGGGAGCUGGAUGGACAGCAUUCCAAGCCAAGCCUGUCCCUCAAAACUAGCUUACCUGUCAUUUGGAGGGGGCAGGAUGGCCAGAGCCCCAGAGCAGCUGCCCUUGUAGUUGGCUACCAGCUAGGAAGGGGCACUGCCUCCCCAGAGCAGUUACAAGGAGACACCACAGGCAGGAUGGAGGGACACAGCCAGCACAGCAGCUCCCAAUUCCUUGCUGCUCUUGGGGUCCACACUACACUGCCCCAAAGAGGGGAGGAGGGCAGAGCAGCCUCACCAGCACCAGCUGCAGCACUCUGGGGCUGAAAGCUUUGGCCAAGGCAGUGUAAGCACACCAAAGGGCUGCGCUCAUGCCAACGAACAAGGGGACAAUGCUAGCAAAGCACGGUAGGUCAAGCUGGGCCCAGCACGUGCCAGCAGCUUGGGCCAGGCUCAGUCCCAUCCUGGCCUCAGCAGUAAGGUGGGGUGACAGGGAGGGGUGGCCUGGAUUUGCCCCUCUUUGGGCGGCUACAGGUGGCAGAGCCCAUGCUUCUCCUGGGUGCAGAGCUGCCUCCCUAAUGCUACUCCCUGCAGAGACAUCCGUUCCCCUUCCCAUCCCUCCCUUUGCUCCGUGGAGAAACUGUCCACCGUAGCUAACAGCACCCAGGAGCCGACCUGGUUUCUCCAUUCAGGCAGGGACCCAAGUUACCAGACAUCGUUCCAACUGGAAGGCAACACGACCCACACGUGGGAGCGAUUCCCAGUGUCAGUUUUGCCAUAACACGUCCUAGCUGUCUCUCUUUUGCUGAAAAAAAGGCAACUCAACCUGUAUUCUGUGUUUUUAUAUAUAUAUAUAUUUUAUAUAUAUAUAAAAAUAUAACUAACAUUUGGGGGAGUGAUUUUUCUCCUAAUAUUUUUUAAAAUUUCUUUUUUUCUAUCUAUAAAUACUUGUACAGUUGGAAUAUUAAUAUAUAACUCCGGCGGUAGAGCUAAGCGCCAGGUGAUGCUCACGUAAAAGACGUGUAUUUUGUAUUUAAGGGACUUUUGUUUUGUAUCAUACGCAACUGCAGCAGAUUGUUUGACUUGGAUCGGGGCUGCUCUUCCCAUCCGUGUAAUUAAUAAAGUACUAACGGUA